AUGAGAGGAAGUUUCGGACUGCUUUUUGAGCUAUUUGCUGCUGACAGGCUGAGGGGGUAAAUUCCUGAGAGAUAAAGCUGAGGGAUGAAUGAUCACAAAAUCCUACAAGCCAGCAGUAAGGAAGUGCUGCUGAAAAUCACAUCCAGCAUCCAGUGCAGCUGCCAAACCAGCUGAAACCCUGCGAUGCCUCUGUUCAGGGCUUUGGAUGAACAUGGUGGGACAAAGGCUCGGCCCGGCCAGAGGGGUAAGGUGAAGAGUAAAGACUGGAUGGGGAGCUGCUGGAGGACGGAUGAAGAUGGCUCCGUCCUCUCGUUGACUCGUCUAUGUCUGCUCAGCCUUGCUGACAACAUGAAGGAUGUGUGGGUGAAAGACUAUGCUGACAAAUACUUGGAUCACUUUUCAUUCAGCUACAUCAUGGGACCCUUCAACUUACUGCCGGGCGACCUUGUUGAGGAGCUGACGCGCCUCCUGUGCACCAGAAAGCAGUUGUCCCUGGCGGCCCUCCACCUCCUGCUGGUCCCUCAGCUCCGAGGUCUGUCUCUGGAACUCUGUCCCGGUUUGGUCACUUCAGCCCUCUGUGGCCACAUUGCUGCACGUUGCCAGGGUCUGUGGAGUCUGGAUCUGUCUGGAGCCAAGUAUCUACGUUCUAAAGUUCUUUCUGAGACCCUCCACAGUCUGCCGGCUCUGCGCUCGCUCUCCCUGGCUGGCCUGCCUUGUGACAGAUGCGUAAUCAUGACAGUCGCUCACUGCUGCCGUCUGUUGCGACAUCUAAAUGUAUCCCACUGUCAUUUGCUUUCCCCAGCCUCUCUGCUUCCUCUUGGAUAGUGUUUCCCGCUCACCUUCUGGAAGUCUCUCUCCAACCCUGCCUCCUCUCCCCUCUGCAGUCUACUGGCUCUGGAUAUUGGGUUUGGGGAAAAGGAGGGAGACUCGGUGGUGGCAGCAGCCUACCUGCUUCUCUCCUUGCCCUGCCUAGAAAGGCUGGCUGUGGAGGGCGUUGGACAGGCCUGCUUCCUCAUCGAGUGUAGAGACUUCAGCCAGGCAGAUGAAUUUACUGACAGGGAAGGAGUUCGGAAGCUGGAGGAGGUGUGGAGGGAGAGGAAGCAGGCUGGGGAUAGUUGGAGGAAGAAGAGAGAAAGAGCAGCAGCAGAUCGAGAGCAGGAGGAUGAAGAUGAGGAGGAGUGCUUAUCCUGGGAGGGCUAUGCUAGUGAGAGUGAAGAAGAUGCAAGUAGAGAUGAAGGGCCAUCUUGUUCUGAGAACCAAACACAUUCAGGCUUGAUUCUGCGGCUGAAGGAAGUCAAGGGCAUAACCUGUCAUUGCCUGGACCAUUUAGGCCAACUAUGUCCAGGAAUCUGUUCCAUAUCUGUGAAUGCUGACAAUCAUGAAGAUGCUGGAGGAAGAAGUCAGGGGUCUCUGUUAGCUACAGGCCUGCAGACCUGGUCUGGGCAGCUGCAGAGCUUCUCAGUACAUUUCCCAGGUCCUCUGGUGGAUCUCCAUCGCUUGCAGGUUGCAGGCUCCUCCCUGGUCUCUCUCACUCUGGAGGGGGUGAACGAGCCCCACAGCCCACUACUGGAGGUCAUCAGGGCCUGUCCUCGACUGAGAGACCUACUCAUCUCUGCGGAGCCUCCUACUACGGUACAGGAGGAGGACGUUGAGGGGGAUCAGCAGGAUGAUCAGGAUCUUCCACAGCUGCCUUACCUCUGCUCUCUCACACUAAAGUAAGCUUGCUGUUGAGCUACACUGGUUAGUCCACUAGGAGCUACACACCCUCAUUUGAAUUCUGCAGCACUGACCUUCUGAGUCAUUUGUUCCUGUUACAAAUUAUAGCCCUGUCUUGGACAAAGCUUUGAUGGGAAUUAGCUUGGAACUAAUGUUGUUUCCUAUUGACCUAAUACAAAUA